AUGCCGUUCGGUAACACCCACAACAAGUUCAAGCUGAACUACAAGCCUGAGGAGGAGUACCCUGACCUCAGCAAGCACAACAACCACAUGGCCAAGGCGCUGACCCUUGAGAUUUACAAGAAGCUGCGGGACAAGGAGACUCCAUCUGGGUUCACUCUGGACGACGUCAUCCAGACAGGUGUGGACAACCCAGCCCUCAACAGCCUGACAGGCGAGUUCAAGGGGAAGUACUACCCUCUGAAGAGCAUGACCGAGCAGGAACAGCAGCAGCUUAUUGACGAUCACUUCCUGUUCGACAAGCCCGUGUCCCCACUGCUGCUGGCCUCAGGCAUGGCCCGAGACUGGCCCGACGCCCGCGGCAUCUGGACUGGCGAUUUCUCAGAUUCUAGGACGUUAGGGUCUACAGGUGUAAGCUUCCGCGAUUUUCAGGAGCCAAUUGAGGAGAUCUUCAAGAAGGCCGGCCACCCCUUCAUGUGGAACGAGCACUUGGGCUACGUGCUCACCUGCCCAUCCAACCUGGGCACCGGGCUGCGUGGAGGCGUGCAUGUCAAGCUGGCGCACCUGAGCAAGCACCCCAAGUUCGAGGAGAUCCUCACCCGUCUGCGCCUGCAGAAGCGGGGCACAGGUGGUGUGGACACAGCUGCUGUGGGCUCAGUGUUCGACGUGUCCAACGCCGAUCGGCUGGGCUCGUCCGAAGUGGAACAGGUGCAGCUGGUGGUGGAUGGUGUGAAGCUCAUGGUGGAGAUGGAGAAGAAACUGGAAAAGGGCCAGUCCAUCGACGACAUGAUCCCCGCCCAGAAAUAGGCGUCCAGCCCACCCGCCGCCGACUGCUGGAGCCCCAGCCAAAGGGAGGACUCGGCCCAUCGGAGCCCCGCCCCUCCCCCCCCCCAAAGGGUUCGGUCAACCGGGGGCUCUUUCCACCAUUUUCGGAAUUCCAUUUCCAGCCAGAGUUCCAACCAACGGGCUUCAUCCUCUGAGUUGUGGCCAGUGAAAAACCUCCCCCACAGUCUCCUUUUCCCAGAGCUCCGCCCACCACCGGGAACUCUGGCUAAUGGAGAGCUGUCAGGCACAUCUGGAGCUCAU